GCCAGCGUCAUUGAGAGAUAGGAGUCCGGGUGAGUUAGUGUGUGUUUGAGAGCUGAGAGUGGAGAAAGAGCUGUAAACAUUUUAGCCCGGAGGCUGCACGGGAGGAGGAGGAGGAGGAAGAGGAGGAGGGAUUUCCCCGACUUUGUGCCCUUUUCAAACUUUUUUGUGCGCUUGGAGCUGCACUCUGUGUCUUUCUCUCUGUGUGUGUGUUUGUGUGUGUAUGUGGGAGGUACAGGCAGGGGCUAUGCAAAGUGAGAGAAGUUGAAGGCAGGGGUAGGGGUGUACAAACCGUGGAGAGGGAGGAGAGAGAGAGAGAGAGAGAGAGAGAGAGAGAGAGGAGAAAAGGCAAACUACUCUUAAGGAAAGGAACCAUGCAAGUGGAUGCUGUCUUCUGCGGGGUCAGGUUACGCAAAAUGAGAGACUACUCCAAGAGCACUUCAUCAGGGCUCACCCAGCUCAGAGAGGAUGCCAGCUGCUAGCACCAUGACCGGUGGGAGGGCCCUGCUGCUCUGUACAAACACUGACAAUUGUAUCUACCAAUCAGUCAACGGGCUCCAGUGCUGUGGCUUGAAGGUCGGGGAGGCUCCAUCGUCGGUGGUGCCCCAGCGCAGAGAGGUGUGCGGGUCACCAGGGGACAGAGACAGGAGGGAUACUGCUGUUUCCACCAAGAGACCCCUCUCCCCCCUACUCAGCUUGAGCGACAGCCCAGGUCCUCCACACACCAUGCUGGCUCACAGGAGAGCCUCCACCACCACUGACCCGCGGACUCCCAACAUGGAGAACGGGCUGUGUGGCAAGCUGAACCACAACAAGAGCCCAGCAGGAGGCAAGACUGCCAGCAUCCGCGAUAAGAUCUCACAGUGGGAGGGCAAAAAGGAGCCUGUCCCACCAACUUCUACAGGAACAUGUCCACUGAGCACGACGCAGAAGGAAGUUGAGACAGUGAAGAAAAAGGAAUCCAAAUCUUCAGAAGUCCAAAGGACAGAUAGCAAGAGGUUUGUCAGCUGGGACAGACAAGACUCAGGGAAGGAGAAUGCUGGAAAGCUGGGGGAUUCGAGGCCUAAAUCUCCAGAAGGCCCAACAAACAAGGACAGAGAAGUGAUCCUAGAGAAGGGAUUUCGGGUUUCCAAGCCAACAGAACAACCCCAAGACAAGAAAAGUGUUUUAACUCAUGUUAAGAAACUGGAGAAGGCAACAAAGGAAGUUCCUGACAGACCUUCACUGGCAUUUCCAGGGAAUUAUUUCUGCCCUCCUUCAAAGGAGGAACUGGAGGAAACAGAAAAGAGAGCCAAUGAGCCCAUUUUUGGGACUUUUGACGUGGUGCGUCCUAGUGGGUCACGGAGGAGGAGGGAGGGGGAUCCAGAGAAUGUAUACAGUGAGCCAGGUGCUCCGUCUAUAAACCCUCUACCAAAACCUCAGAGAACCUUCCAGCACCAUACACCCCCCACUACCCCAGCUUCGGGGCCUGGCUCGGGGAAGGGAAGGAGGAACUUGCCCCCUUUGCCCUCCAUUCCUCCUCCACCUUUACCCACAUGCCCACCACCUGGAGUUUGCAGGAGACCCUGGGCUGACAAACCCCGGGACAGCAGUAACAGGAAGUCAUACGAAUUCGAGGAUCUACUCCAGUCGUCUUCAGAAAGCUGCAGGGUGGACUGGUAUGCUCAGUCCAGACUGGGCCUAACACGCACUUUAUCAGAAGAGAAUGUCUAUGAGGACAUAAUAGAUCCUCCAUCGAAGGAGAAUCCCUAUGAAGAUAUAGAGCUGGAGAGAAGUUGUUUGGGUAGCAAAUGUGUUUCACCUGCUUCCUCAUCUCCUGUCCCUGACACACCAACUAAGCUCUCCUCCAAGCCUGGCUUCUUCAGACAAAAUUCAGAGCGGCGAAGCUUCAAGCUCCUGGAACUACGCAAGACCAGCAGGGACACUGGUAUCUCCUCUCCUUCCCGUAUCAGCCCCCCCUCCACGCCCAGCAGCCCUGAUGACACCCCCUGCCUCUCUGGAGAUCCGUACAAUCGCAGACGGAGGAAAAUCCCCAAGAUGGUGCUGAAAAUCAAUGCCAUCUUCGAGGCGCGGAGAGGGAAGAAACGCAUGAAGAGGGUGUCUCAGUCUACAGAGUCCAGCUCAGGGAGAGUGACAGAUGAGAACAGCGAGUCGGAAAGUGACACGGAGGAGAAACUAAAAGCUCACAGUCAGCGGCUGGUGUCGGUUCAGUCUAUGCUGAGGCAGACGGGGCGGUACCGGACCUUGGAGAGGGAUCUGAUGGAGUUGCAGGAGAGGAAACUCUUUGAGUAUUUCAUAGUUGUUGCGCUCCACAAGACAAAGGCUGGAGUCCCAUACCUGCCAGAAGUCACACAGCAGUUUCCUCUCAAGCUUGAAAGGAGCUUCAAGUUCAUGCGGGAGGCUGAGGACCAGCUGAAAGUCAUCCCUCAGUUCUGUUUCCCUGACGCCAAGGACUGGGCGCCUGUCGACAACUUCCCCAGUGAGACGUUCUCAUUUGUCCUGACUGGUGAGGAUGGAAGCAGGCGGUUUGGCUACUGUCGGCGAUUACUGCCCAGUGGUAAAGGCAGAAGGCUCCCUGAGGUCUACUGCAUCGUCAGCCGCCUGGGCUGUUUCGACCUCUUCUCCAAGAUCCUGGAUGAAGUAGAAAAGAGGAGGGCCAUCUCCCCUGCUCUGGUGCAGCCUUUUAUGAGAGGUAUAAUGGAAGCUCCCUUUCCUGCUCCAGGAAGAACCAUCACUGUCAAAAACUUCCUCCCUGGCUCUGGGACAGAGGUGAUAGAGCUGUGUAGGCCAUCAGAUUCCCGUCUGGAACAUGUGGACUUUGAAUGUCUGUUCUCCUCCUUGAGUCUACGUCUCCUUCUGCGAGUGUUUGCCUCUCUACUUCUGGAGCGCAGGGUCAUCUUCACUGCCGACAAACUCAGCACAUUGUCUCAGUGUUGUCAUGCAGUGGUGGCUCUGCUCUACCCCUUCACCUGGCAGCAUACAUACAUCCCUGUGCUCCCACCCUCCAUGCUGGAUAUUGUCUGCACCCCUACACCCUUUAUAGUCGGCCUCCUCUCUAGCUCUCUCCCUCGACUCAAAGAGCUGCCCAUAGAAGAGGUCCUGGUGGUCGACCUCGGCAACAGCCGCUUCCUACGACAGCUGGAUGAUGAAGACUCCAUUCUCCCCCACAAGCUGCAGGCAGCUCUUGAGCAUGUGCUGGACAAGAGGAGGGAGCUGGCCUCUGAGAAAGGAGAUCUGGCCAAUGACUCCAGCUCCCUUAGCACGGUUGUGUCAGAGGCCUUUGUGCGUUUCUUCGUGGAGAUGGUCGGUCACUACUCCCUCUUCAUGGGUGGAGCAGAGCGUGAGGAUGAGUCUGUCUCUUUCCCCACCUUGCCCAGCCCCUCUUCUUCUUCUUCCUCCCCCUCCUCGUCCUUCCAGCGCGAGGCCUUUCGCAAAGCGGUAACCUCCAAGAGUUUGAGAAGGUUCUUGGAGGUGUUCAUGGAGACCCAGAUGUUCACUGGCUUCAUCCAGGAGAGGGAUCUGCGCAGGCAGGGCCUCAGAGGUCUAUUUGAGGUGAGAGCACAAGAGUAUCUGGACUCCCUGCCUGGGAGUGAGCAACGAGGCGUCAACAAGUUCCUCAAGGGUCUAGGAAACAAGAUGAAGUUCCUUUCCAAGAAAUGAUGUUUGGAUUCAAGAUGUCAUCUGUGAAAGUAGGAAAAAACUUGAAGAACGUAGAGAUGGAGAUGUGUCUUUAGAUCAGAACAAAGGAAGAUCCUUCAAGUGAACUGGACUCGUACUUUGUGGACAUGAGAGACGGUUAGCAGCUUCAUUAGCCAGUCAUUCCAUUAGUGUUGUGGAGGGUUUACUCAGCUUGGACCAAAACUUCCGUCCAACACGAUAAAGCAAUGUCAUGUUGGACUUUUCCCCAGGUUUUGAUGUUUUACAGUCAAUCCCUGCAGUGUAUUACUGUAUAGCACAACACCGUGUAAAUGUUUUUAGGAACAGUGUUCUCCCUUUUUCACUGACUUCACCUAUAAACCUGUAAAGGAGGCCCCUGUUUUGUACAAUACCUUCCUAUACAUUCCAAGUAUUUUCUAUAGAAGCUUUUAUAAAUACAGUAGUACAACUUCUUCAUCAACAGGAGGCUUUUAAGUUAAUUUAUAUUCUUUUAGGACAAACUUAAUCUCUUUAUAAAAUUUCCUUCAAAUGAGUGCAAAGAAAUCUCCUGUAGUUUGUAAUAGGCUUUAUUGAACAGAGUCUAGUCCAGACUGUUUGUAGACCACUUUGGGUUUUUGGGUAAAUGUACCACUGUUUUAAGUAAAUUAACUUUUUAUUGGAAAAGGAAGGAGCACCAAAAGGAAAUCAAUGUGAAAACAUCUCUCUCACUCGGGUUUGAGUAUAGGGUUUGGAUAGACUUGAUGUUGAAGGCAGAUGUGUAUCUUUGGCCAAUCAGUGUUUCACAUAAGCAAUCAGGUUUGCCUUAAACAUGAUUGAGAAUGCAAUGAAACUUUAUAAAUAAAGUGAUUCGAAUUUUUGAA